CUUCGUUCCUGCCUACUUGACCCUGAGGUAUUGUGCCAGCAUCUCUUUAUUUGGACAGAAAGGCAGGUCAAAGGUAUUGCCUUGUGACUGGUACAUAUCCAUAUUGUGAGUCAUUAAUACAUUUAUUUUUGUCUUCCUGUGUAUAUGGCUUUCUCAAUGGUCUGGGCUUUUUCCAAAGAUGAUUUUAAAGGAUGUGGAUUCCCUUCUGUAUGUGGACACAGAUGUCCUAUUCCUGCGACCCAUUGAUGACAUUUGGGGCUUUCUGAGAACUUUCAAUGCCACCCAGCUGGCUGCAAUGGCACCGGAACAUGAAAUACCAAAGAUUGGCUGGUAUAGUCGGUUUGCUCGCCACCCAUAUUAUGGAACCACUGGGGUCAAUUCUGGUGUCAUGCUAAUGAAUUUAACCCGAAUAAGAAAUACCCAGUUCAAGAACAACUUGAUUCCAACAGGCUUGAGGUGGGAAGAGAUGUUGUACCCUUUAUACCAAAAGUAUAAAAAUUACAUUACAUGGGGAGACCAGGACUUGCUCAAUAUUAUUUUUUAUUUCAAUCCAGAAUGCCUCUACCUCUUUCCUUGUCAAUGGAAUUAUCGACCAGAUCACUGCAUGUAUGGCAGUAACUGCAAAGGAGCAGAAGAAGAAGGCAUUUCAAUUCUGCAUGGGAAUCGGGGUGUCUAUCAUGAUGAUAAACAGCCUACUUUCAAAGCACUCUAUGAAGUGAUACGUGAUUUUUCCUUUGAAGACAAUCUCUUCCAAUCAAUAUAUUAUCCUCUCCAGACCAAGUUCCUCAACACUGUACACACUUUAUGUGGGCGAAUUCCACAAGUUUUUCUGAAACAAAUUGAGAGAACCAUGAAGAAGGUCUAUGAAAGUCAAGUGAUUGUCAACAUUGGAGGCAAUUUCAGAUUAUAAUCAUAGCAAUAUAUUUUGAUAGAGCUUUUGUCUCCCACCACUUCCCACCCUGGGGCCUAUGAACUGAAAGUUCUGUGAUGGUUUUAGCUACAGUUCUAUAAACAGGUACCUGGGAGUAAGAUCCAUGAAACUUAGUAAGACUUAUUUCUGACUAGACAUGUAUAGGAUUGCAUUAAAUCAGUUGCUGCUUAAACAAAAUUACCAGGCUCUCAUUUAAUUAUAAGAGUGCCCAUUAAUUAGUUUGAUGGUGGCUAUGGCUAUGGUUUAAAUUCUGGAAAAAAAGAAAAAAAAUUACUGUUGCAGAUAAGCCCAGGAAAAUGAAUAUUUUGAAAUUGAUAGACACAGAUAAAGUGAGAAUAUCUCUGUAAUUCUGUGAUAGGGCUGCUGACCUCUUACAGAUAUUUCUUGUACUGGAAAGUAAUUGUGCUGAUAAUACUUAAUGAUGUAACUUAAGUUUUACAGUGGCAGAGGGGUGGAUUGUACAAUUCAUCAUUCAUUGCAUGUUGUUGCUUGGAUGCUUUGCUUCCUGAUGUUAGUAACUUUUUGGAUUUUGGUAUUUCCACACUAGCAACUGGGGUUAUCAAACCUAGAGUAGAAGAUGUUUAUCUAUUUUUAAAAAAUCAUCAGUUAGCCAAGUACCACUAGAACCAACCACAAAAAACAGGUUCUUCUCUCUGGAAUCUGUGUAUCACAUAUAUAUGAUGUGGUGAACCUGCAUUGAGCCUCAGCUGGAAAGUUUCCAAAGCUGAAACAGAUUUUCCACAGAAAGCUUGCUUCCACUGUACAUUCUCACAGUUCCUUCUUGGAUGUUAUAGUGAGAAGCCAUGUGGAGAACAUUUUUGCAUAGAACAAUUCAUUAAUGCUGAGGAUUUUUUCUAUAUUUUAUUUUAUUUUAUUUCUGAAUUUUCUUAUUUUGGAAUGGGGAAAGAAGGCUUUUUGCAUGCCUUUCUUUCCUAACAAAUUAAGGCUUGUGGUAGCAUAGGUGCCUUCUCAAAAAUUUCCUUUAAUCCAUUCUAUGCCUAAACAGGUCCUGUUGGGUUUUCCUCUUUCUUUCCUUUCACCAAUUCACUGUGACUGCCCAGUUUUGGUACUAUACAGUUGUCUUCUUGAGAUGAACCUAUUCUAUUCAGCUAUUUCAGAAGGGGAAAUUGACCUUCCCCUCUGCCUCCAUUCAUGACAUAUGAUUCACCAACAGGAUGUUACUAAUCUUAAGACCAUUCCCUUUAGGACAACACUGAAGACUUCUAUCUCCUGCAUCUAGAGAUUCUGCAGAUUAAAUCUCUUGUGUUGUAUCAGGGUCUUGAUUGCUUGCCAGAUUGAUAUCAAGACCAUAAUUUUUCUCUGUCACUUUACAGGACUGGUGAACCUCAUACCCUUAGACUGUUUCCAGCAGAUUGCAGUUACAGCCAGAGCUCAUUAUCCAUCAAGGAUAUUAUGCUCCUCAUGAUCCUAAAUAGUUCAUGCCUUGCUUUCAGUGUACCCAUGUGGUGGAUUAUUCAGGUUUAGUGAACAGGAUUCCACCUCUGAGACCAACCAGAGUCAUCAGACUUCUAUGAUGGUUUAGUCUUGACAAUCACAUAUUUUCCAAUGGCAUUUUCUAUUUCUUCUGCUAUCAUUUUCAAACCAUAUGUGAAUUCUGUUUCAGCAAAUCCAACUGUGCCAAACAAACAGUACUGUUACAACAUGAAGGACUGUCAGCCUUGCAAAGUAGUCCAGACAAGAAACUCACCCAGAUGAACUAAUUCUACUUAAUUGUA